AUGAGUUUGGUGAUUAGAAAUCUGCAAAGUGUGAUCCCCAUUAGGAAAGUGCCACUUCGCAGGAAUGUGGAGAUUAUAAGGAGCAUUUUAAGAGUGGAGAAAUUUGACCUGGGGAUCAUCUUUCUUGACAACAAGAAUAUUCAGCAUAUUAAUGGGGUCUAUAUAAAGAAAAACAUCCCAACUGAUGUGCUUUUGUUUCCAUUUCAUGAUAAUCUGAAAGCAGGUGAAAUUCCUCAGCCUGGUUUUCCAAGUGACUAUAACCUGGGAGACAUUUUCUUAGGUGUGGAAUAUGUCUUCCAGCAGUGCAAAGAAAAGGAAGAUUACUAUAGCGUUCUGACUGUGACAGCCACUCAUGGACUCUGUCAUCUCUUGAGGUUCACACACAACUCAGAAACAGAGUGGCAGAAUAUGUACCUUCAGGAGAAGCAGGUACUGGAGGAGCUAAGCCGGUGCACGGGGGCCCAGCUGCUGCCCCUCAGCAGGGGCCUCUUCUGA